AAUUGGGGUAAGGAAAGAUUUUCCAUCUUCAUGGGAUCGGUUUUCGAAUCUAGGAUGAAUAAAUUAGACAUGAAUUUAGAUUUUAGCCAUGCUUGGAAAGGACAUUAGGGUACCUAAGGUGUUGUGUGCUAAUUUUGGGUGUAUUCAGUAAUAAUAUUAGCCAUGUAAAUAAUAUGUUUAACAUUUUUGACGGAAGUUUCGGAGCAUGCUGCAGAAGCGGAUUUUCCACUCCCCCAUGUCACAAAAUGGAGGUCGGAUUCCCCUUGAACGCUUGUUCGCAAACAUUAAGCGGUCGUACCCUUCAAAACUGUCAAAGUUAUUAUGUGUGUUGUUGUGUUGCCCUUUUAAAUGUUUUAUUCUGAACAAUAUGCAGAAUACGUGCAAAAGUGAUAUAUUGAACAUAUAAAUGUACACGCAGAACCCGUCGUGGGUUUCGUUUGAUCCACAACAUUAGGGAGGUUAAAGGAUUUAUUGGAAUUAUCAUAAGGCUUAUUGGAAGCAGGAUCCAUAGUGCUUCAUAAUCGCUGGGUUGAGCUACCAUUGGAGUGACUAACCAGUUGAUAGGAGUGGAGAUUUUUCCCACCCUGAGUGGGACUAUGUGAGUCUGAUCGAGAUGGCCGCAGACAGCGAUGGUGAUCUAAUUGAGACAGUUGUAACAUGUGAAGGUGACCUCAAGGAUCCUUGCUUCCCUGAGAAAUUUAAAUUGAUUGUGCAGGGAUUACGUGAUUUGCUUUGUACUGGUAAUGGUGAAUCACUGCGUGUUGCAAAGGUAGAGCCAUGGAAUUCUGUGCGGGUGACUUUCACCAUCCCAAGAGAAGCGGCACUAAGACUGCGUCAGCUUGCACAGCAAGGUGACCAUGCCCUCACACAACUUGGUAUUCUCUCAGUGCAAGUUGAAGGGGAUCAGGUUAUUUCACUACGCAUUGCUGGUCGUUUUGGAGGGGAGGCACAGGAGAUUGUUUUAAGAACAGCCAAUUCAGGACCUCAUGGAAGUGAUGGAAGUGGAGGUUCAUCAUCUGUCUCUGGAACCACUACCAUUGCUGCAGGAAGUGUGUCUGGGAAUUCUGUCCCCUCAACAAGCAAUGCAGCUGUGACCCAGGAUGGUGCAAGUAUUGCAGGCCCAAGCCAAGCAAGUAGUACUGUGGCUGGUCUAGCAAACAUUUUGGCUCAGUCUGUAGCAGCAGCAUCUGUGGGAGUUGGAGGAGUUGCAGCUUCCACAGAACAGUUCCGAAGCCCAAAUGUUGUGGCUCCGACAGAUGGUGAUCCCAUCCCUCCGUUUCCACCACCUAAACCCCCUUCAGAUUCUGUGCCUAGCCCUAAUGUGAUUUCAUCCACAGGACAACCUGUUGUGAUGCCCUCAACUUCUCGGGGUUCCACACAUCAUUAUCAUGCACCUUUCCCUUAUGCAAGUAUGAAUCAUGCAGCACAUGCCAUGCAGAGCAGGGCAUCAGAGCCAAAUCACCAUCAUCAUAAUUCUACACCUGGGACAACAGUUGCAGGGAAUUUUAACCAUCAUAGUUUUGCAGCACCACCUCCCCCUCCAUACCCUGGCCCUUCCCCUACACCCACUCCAAUUUCUAGUGGAAGUGUUAGUGGAAAUGCCUUACAACCACCAACAGCAGUACAGCCUUGUAAACCUCAGGCUGGCCAGCCUUAUAGUCCAGCAAAUAAACCGCCAUCACAGCAGUCUGGUGUAGUCGGCCCUAGGACUGUUGGUGGUGCCAAUAAUGUGGCAUUGUCAAGUCCAUUGCUUGUAAAUUUGCUGCAGAAUGAUGGAUCCACAGGUGUAUCUCCACCUGCAACAAGCUCAGGAGCAAACAAAAUGCUACCUCCUCCACCAGGGAGCAUCUCAAAUAUGGGAGAUAAAUCAGCAGUAGUUGGCAGGAUCAGAGUUCCACAACCCCAGUCAAUGCAGCAGCAACAGCAGCAGCAGCAGCUGAAGAAAGUUCCGAUGCGACGAAGACCAGGUGAACCUUCAACACCAGUGGGUGCUAUUACACUUCAGCAGCAUACAGACCUUACUUCUACAGCAUGCAAGCUUCAGCAGUUGCACCACCACACUUCCCACCAGCAGUCUGCCUUUGUGAGUGCAGUAGGUGUAUCAUCUUAUCAAGUUGGAAGUUCCUCCACUUCAUCUACACCUUCUCCACCAUCUGUUCGUACUGAUUCUCCAGGCUUGCAUCAUCGGACUUUGCAUAACCCACAGCAGGCUCUUGGAAUUUCUGAAACAAGUGUUACAAGUCAGCAGUCUUCUGGAGUUCCAGGACAACAGCUUGUAUCAAACUCCAUUGCCAUUGCAGCUUCUUCAUCUGUCCCUGCUCUUUCAAAUCAUCAGAUAAUCUCAACAGUCCCUUCACCUCAUCCCAGACAUCAUCCAUCUACGUCAGCUCUUCAGCAGAAGCUGUAUUCUUCAGGAACUCCACAAGAACAAUCUGCUUUUGCAUCCACAUCAAGAGGUCAUCAGAUGCAAGCAGGAUCAUUAUCACAUCAUCAUCAAACUCAGCAGCUUGCACAGGCUGUAACACACCAUCAGACACAACAGGUAGUUCAGUCUCCAGCAGCCUCUGUUAGGUUACAACAGCAACAAAGACUCUCCCCGCUUGAGAGGCUUCAGCCUUCAGCAACACCCAUGGCAGCUGGUGUUGGUACAGUCAUGACAUCUCGGAAUAAUGGCAAUGCUGUACUGACACGUCAGCAAACUCCACAUUUUACACAAGGUCCUGGAAUCCAAUCCACCUCAAACCCACCGCCAUACCCUCGCAUACAACAGCAGCAGCAGCAUCAACAAGCAAGGCUACACCAACAACUUCAACAAAGAACUUUGCAUCAACCACCAUCAAAGGAUCCAGUAACAAUCCAGCAACAGACUCAGCAGCAGCCACAAGUGAAAUCUCUAGCUUAUGGCCUUAACACCAGUGACUAUUCACGGCAAUAUGGAGAUGCUCGUGUAGGUAAUUCUUCAACUCUGGUCACAAAUACUUCGGGCAAACCCGUACCACAACAGUCUGUGCGUCUUCAACCAGGUACAAUGCUAACUUCAUCAGCAACAGUUGGAGCUGGUCAGAAUACUUCUGUAGGGGGUUGGCAGCCAGCCAGAGUUAGCCAGCCACAACAGAAUUUUGUCAUCGCAAAUCAUUCAUCAACACAGCAACCAUCACAGCAACAGCAGACUCAAAAUAAUGCUAGCAUGAUCCAGCAACAGAGAACAUUGUUUCAGCACCAUUACAUAACUCCACAUCAACCACAACAAUCCUCACAGGAUCAACAGGGUUGCAGAGAAAUGGGGGAGGCCCUCAAAAAUACUAGUCAGCCAGUGGCAAUAACAACAGAACCUAUUCCCAGUCCUCCUGCCUCACCUCCACCUCUAACUUCCCGUGGCAAACGUCGCCAGUUCCUUAUUAAUCCGUUAACAGGUCACUUGGAGCCAAUGCCAAGUGAGGACAGCAGUUCUGAAAGUGAACCAGAGAACCCCUCCAAUUCAGGAAUGGGGGGAAACUCCAAAGCCCAUGAUUCAGCUUUGGAUGAUCCUUUCUUUUACUUUCCUUCUCCUCUGAAUGAUCGAUCUAACAACUCUUUGUUCUCUGAUGACGACGAUGAUGUCAGCAGCACAGGUACUGUAUCCAGGAGAGCUGAUACAACUACCACAACAGAUCAGUCUGAUUCUGAGGCAACUGUGAGGUCAACUGGCAGUGAUGCAUCUUCUUCAACUGUUAGACACCAUCAUCAUAGGCCUAGGAAACCUUGCAGUCCUCCGCAACAGGUUCCUGCUCAAUCAGGAGGCCCAGGAGAAAAGAUCAAACUGCGGCUGAAGCUUGAAAAGAGUGAACCUGUGACCUCAGCUUACAAAGUUGAUGUCUCCUUUGUAAAUGUUCCCGCUGCCAGGAAAACUGAUGGGCGCUCAAGUUCCGUUGCCAGUGGACGGCUGUUUGGUGGGUCUGCAGGUGGACAGGCUGGUACAACAGGCCCCUCUAGUGUUGGUAGCUGUGUUGGAGCGAGUACACCAGGUCAGACUGGGGAAGAGCCUCGAGUUCCACCUCUACACAUUUCACUUCGUGGCCGGAACGCAGCUGUUGUUGUGAGUUCUCAUAAGGACAGCAGUAAGAAGUGGCAGCAUAACAAGGAUAUAUUUGGUAGUAAUAGUGGUGGUAAUAGUAGUAGUAGCAGCAGCAAUGUAAGUAAGUCUGGAGUGCCAUCUUCCACCAGCAAAAGAUCAUCAUCUUCAGGAAAAAUUAAUCGUUCUUCAAAAAUUCGUGACAGUGCAAAUUUGGUGGGAACUGGUGGAACAGAGGGUACAGUGGGGGAAGGAGGGGCAGGAGCAGUUGUUAGAAUAAAGAAACCUCCUUCAAGUGUUUAUACAACGUCAUUGCCCACAACAGGGAAAUCCAUCUCCUCAAGUGGUAAAAUUUCAACAAAAACACUUCUAAAAUGCAGUGCAAGUGAUUCAUCAUCUGUAAAGAGACAGCAGCACUUGAGUGCUUUGAUGCCAAAUGAACGGACGGUGGGAUCAGAUAUUGUUCCUAAGGUUAGAACAAAACUGAAAACUUCUGAUAAACGAGGUGGUGAACGUGAUCAUGACCGUGACUUGGAUGAUGUUCCAUUGAAGUCUCGUAUGAGGAACGAACCAGGUGAGGUCACAGGGUUAGGAUCAGGAGUAUCAUCUCAGCAGCGCGGGGGGAAAAUACCAGCUAGCGUUAGUACAACGGUUUCAGGAAAAAGUUGUCCUACUGCAGUGGGGGAUCCAGAGUUCACACUAUUAUGCCAGCAAAUGGAGAAGGAGAGAACUGGUUGCUCAAAGGCAACUCCAUCGGUAUCAGAACACAAGGUGUCGAGCAUGAGUGUAGGCAUUAAAACAAAGCGAAGGGACUCUAGAAAGAAAUCAUCUUCAUGUAAUUCAGGAAGUGAAAGUUCUUAUUUGCGAGAGCAGAAUUUGUUAUCUGGUGGUGGGCUAGUAGACAAUCAGGUUCGUGAUAGUUUGUCAGAUAAUUCUGCCAGGUGGAGGAAAAGUGAAUCAAGCCCAAACAUCUCUAAUAGUGCCACUCUGAGUGGGAAAGUGUCGCGGUCCCCAUCGCCAUCACUGAAUCGACGUAGCAAGUCGCAGUCUGAAAGGGUGGAUUCUUUACAGAAGAGUGGAGGGACAAGUUGUAAAGUGGGUGUCUCUCAGACUGCUAUGGUUAGAAGAGGUAGUGAGAGUGAUGGCAGGGGUGAGAAUGGUGCAAGGAACAGUGCUUCUGAUGAAAAAAGAAGGAGGCAAAGCUCAGAGGACAACAAGGAUCUUACAACAGGUUUUACAGAUUCUCAGGGUGGAUUAUCAGCUGUGAAAAUAAAGUCUCAUCCCAUUAUAAUGGGAGGGAAUUCCCAGAUGGUAUCUAGUAACACAGCUGCAAUCUUGGACUCUCACAGUGGACAUUCUCAGGAGUCAUACAUCAAUGUCCAUGGUGGACUGACAGCUAGUGCACUAAAACAGCAGUCAGUUUCUCAUUCAGUGCCAUCAUCCACUGUUGCAUCUAUCCCAAGCAUUUCAUCUUCCUCAUGGGUUGCUACUGGAAAGCAGCAUAGUUCUUCAUCUCUGCACACCAUAGAAAAGAAUAAAGGAGCAUCAAGAAAGGCUGUUGAUUUACAGCAGAGUAAGAUAGGAACACAAGUUAAUAGGACAUCAGUUGUAAACAGACUGGCAAAUGAUGUGUCAUCUAUUCACCGUAGCAAGAUAAAUCUCCCAGCAAGUGUGAACAGGAUUCCCCGGUCAGUUGAGGCCUAUAAGACUGUUGCAACAGAAAACUGUGUUACCAAGAAACAGCAGCAUUCUCAGCAUAGAGAUUUUCCAAACCAUAGUACAACAGUUAAGAGGAAAUUAGAAAGUACAGAACAGUGUAAAGUUUCAAGAAAUGUAGUCACUGUUGCCAGGGUUCAGACCAUUGCUAUGGCAGCGACAGCUUCCGAUGUUCCUAAACAUUCAGAGCCUCAUCCAAAGUCUAUUGAACAUCAUACACUGGCUAAGUCUUCCCCACCCACAUCUCUCCCUGUAGGAGACUUGGAUGUGUCAGAAGCAAAGGUGAAGCAGAGAUUGCUGGAGGAUGAUCCACCUCCACGAAAGAAACAUUGUAGUGAUUUGGAUCAAAUUACUACAAGAUUAACAGAGAAAAAGGAAAAAGAUGUAGGUUCUGGUGAUUUUUUGGCUACAUCAGUUGGUGAAACUGUAGUUACAGGGAGAAACCAGGCUGAAAACCAGGGUGUUGGCAGUGGAGCUGGUGGGGGUGGAGGUGGUGCUGAAAGUCCUUCUGGGGUUGGGGCAGGAGAACAGGGCAACACCCAAGGGGAGGAUUCUGGUAUUGAAUCAAUGGAUGCACUUUCAGAAAAGUCUCCUAAUCAAGGUGAAAGUCCGUGCCGUAAGGAAGAAAAGGACAAUGAAUGCUGCCAGUCUGCAGAUUCUAAUAAAAAUCUUAGUGCAGUGCCUUCAACAUUGACAUCAGUACCUUCUGCAAAUUCAACUUUAAAAGCAUCUGGUGAUAUUACAAACCCAUCCAUAGAAAAAAAUGAUACACCACCAGAAAACUCUUCAGAAUCAGAUUCUUUGGAUGAGAAGAAGAUUGAGGGUAAUGGCAGUUUAGAAAGUAAUAGUUCUGUUGUUAAUGCUGUGGGUACACAAAAGAAGAAUCGAGUUAUCUCACAUGGAUCUGGUAGUAAUGGAAAUUGUAAUUCUGAUGAUAAAGAGAAAGAUGGUAAGUCAGUGAAUGGAAAUUGUACUCACUUGUCAUUCAAUAGUAAUAAUACCAGUGAACAUUUAACAUCCUAUGCUGAACGAGAUGCUGUGUUCAGUAGAGAAAACAUUGACCAUGGUGAUACACAACAAUUACAAAUUUCUGCCAGUGGAGAUUCAGGUCUGGGACGUAGCAAUACCUCUGUCAGCAUAACUUCAUUGUCAUCAAUUAGUUCAUCCAAUGCAUCUGGUACAUCUUCAGCAACCAAAGUAGUUCCCAUAAAACUUGUCACUGUUCCAUCUUCUUCUGAUACAAAUUCAUCUUCAUCUCCUGUUAAAGUUCUGGUGUCAAAAGUGGGUUCUUCAUCCUGUUCUGGCACAUCAGCAGUUCCAGCAAUUGGUGGUGUAGUUAUGGUUUCAUCUGCUUCAAAUAUCUUAACCACAUCAGUUAACUCAGUUACUGGUGAUAUUGGCCAGUCUUUACCUUUAUCUGCUACAUCCAUAACGUGUACCACCUUGCCUACAAAUAUAACUACUGUUGGGGAAAGCGAGAAGCCAAAUGCUAUUUCCACUUCAGAAGAUAGGCACUCUGUUGAAGACAGAGAUAAGUGUCCAGGCUCACCAACAUUAGAAGAUCCUCAACCAAUACGCAUCACUCCACCUCUUUAUACUUACUCCAACCCUGAAAAACACCGAGAAGAUACACCUUCUCCUGCAGCUUUGGAUGAUGAUGAAAUUGAUCUGACUCUAUCACAGAGUGUCAACAGGAAAGAUGAGGGUAUUAAUUGUAGUAGUAGCAGCAGUAGGCGAAAAAGAAAACGCAAGCAGGAUUUACUUGAGGGCAGGCUGGAAGCAGACGACUCGCUUUGCAUUGAGGUGGCUGGUGGUGGUGGAAGUGAUAUGUCAUCUGGACACUUUCUAGAGGGAUUGGGUGGUGGUGAUGAUCAUACCUAUGUAGCCCGUAGCAACAAAUCUCAGCACCAUUCUUCUGGUCCUAAGUCCUUGCUAGAACAGUUACUGAUUGAAAUUCCAUCAGACACCGAGGCCCGUCGAAUCAGUUCACUAAGCACCAGGAGUACAAGAUCGAGUCAGAGAAGCCUUAGUCAUACUCAUAGCCCUGACCAGAAGAAUACCCCAAAAUCAAGCCCAGCAGGUCCAACUUCAAAGGAAGAGCAUUCAGGAUCUCCUCGCAGUACAUCCAAACCAAGUCCCACAAAUUUAGGAACACAAUUGUCCAGAGGAAGUAGUUCUACAAAUAUAAGCAAAAGAAAGCGGCAAGAAUCUGAGAGCAGUGUUGCUUCCAGUAUAGUUGCUGUAGAAGAACAGAGGCCAAAUAAGAGGAAGUGCUCUGAGAAUGCAGCAGAACUGAUCAAAGCUUGCAUGGGACUGGAAGAUGCUCCUACCAAGAGAAUAGGAGGGAAUCCUAAUCAUCCUGACCAGAAGGGUACUAAGACUGUUGCUGCUUUGAAGAAUCGGAGAGGUAUAGCAACAGCCAGUACAUUAGUAGACGUAGAUUCUUCAGAUGAUGAGCCACUGAUUGAAAUAGCUGGAAAGGGGCGGGGAACUCCUGGAGGUGGCUCAGAUGGGCGUUCCUCUCCUAGACCAAAGAGCAGACCAAGCAGCCGUCCUAGAGACGAAGAAUCUGCAAAGAAUAACAAUAGCAAUAGUGCUUGGAAUUCUCGUUCAAACCAUCGGUUGGGUGCAGUUAGUAAGCAUAGUAGCAUCAGUGUAGGACCAUCUCCUCAGCAGCAGUCACAUCAGAAUCAACAACAGCAGCACAAUCAGCAGCAACAACAACGCCGAUCUGUCCGCCAAACCAACCCAGGUCCAGCCUCUAGCUCUGGGUUAAAAUCUACCCAAGGUUCACCACCACCCAAUACAGUGACCACUGCCACUAACAGGCAAACUGCUGUAGGGGGAAGUAACAUCAGUACCAGAGGUGGAGCAAACAGAAUUACACAUGACACUGACGUCAGUACUCGGCGAAAAACAAGAAGUGGUGGAACCACCACAGAACUAGAUGGGGUUUCAAACAAGCGAAGAAGAGCUUCCCGUGAUGGCAAGUGACCACACGCUAUUGCUGGUUGGCAGAACCAACAAGAAGAACAAGAAAAACAGGAAAUUAAUGUUGUACAGGAUGAAGCUUAUGGAAAUGACAAACAAGUCAACUUGAUUUGUGAUAAUAUUUGAGACCACACAUACCAUGAUGAAAUUUGGCAAUAUCCCUACUUCUGUCACUUUUGAGUGUAAUAUAGAUACAGUGAUUUAAAAGUAUCUUAGAAACCUAUUGCCAGGUGUUCAGUAAUAAGUGUGGAGUUGCAUAUAAGAUCAAAUGUUACUUCAAGUUGGCUGAUUAAAACUACAGUAUCUGUGUACAUUUAAUUUGUGGUACCAUGAGAAGUAUUGUUCAUAAGAUUAUGCAUUGUAAGGAAUAGUAUAUAUUAAAUGGAUAUAUAAUUUGUUUUCAUAUUAAAUUUUUUUCAUCUGUAAUUUUAAUAAUUUUUCAAGCAAGUAUAAUGAAAGUUGGAGGUAGAUUAUACUGGCACAAUCAAGGACUUGAGAUUAACUCAGGUGUUGGAAAUGGAAAUUCUUGGGUUAAAGUGCCUUUUGAAUUUUUCAGGGAUUUUAAAAAUCAUUGUAAGAUGGUAUGUAGUAGGCCUUCAAAGUAAUGUCCUCAACCAGAGAGAGAGAGAGAGUAGCUUUGCUGGCCACAAAGAUGGUAUUUCUUCCAAAUAUUUUGGUAUGUUCUUCACUGUCUGCUUGAAGCAAAGUGAAAAUGGUACACAAGCAGGUACACAGUAAACUGUAGCAUGAGCCACCAUUUAAUUUGUUGCUCGUUGAAAUUUUAUUUUCUCAGAAAUUUUAUAGAACUGAAAAUCAUCUACUUGUUAUCCUGAUAUUUUAUUUCCUCACAAUAUUCCUAUCCUUUAUAUGUAGGUGAUAUGGAGCAUGCAGUAUAUUUUAAUGGACAAUUUGAAGUACAUUAUAAUAAAUAAGCCAUAAGAACAUGUGGCUGGCAUGUAGUUAAGUUUCUGAACAUUUCUUGUAAUUUUACAUGGAACAACCAGUUACAUUAACCUUCAUUAUAUAUGAAAUUCACAUAGGAAGUGGUGAAUAUAAGUGCUAAAAUAACUUGUUGCUGCCAUAUUACAAAGAUGGAUUGUAAAGAUCAGUUUCUUUUUUUAUAUCUUCAUCUAAGGUGUAUUGUCUCAUACCUUUGCAAUUUGCAGUGAGUUGUCUGUAACAUGAAGAAAGAAUGGUAAAUUAAAUUUACUGUUUUACUGUCAUGGAUCGGGAUUAAACAUGAAUGCCAAAUCUAUAUAAAAGUAUAGAAAUUGGAGUGAUUAAUAUAUUAAUAUUACUACAAAAAUCUCUUUUAUGUCAAAUAUUUACUGAAGAUUAUGCUGUUGCAAAGAGAUCAGAGACACCGUCACCGCCGAUUAUUAUAUCCCAAUGUGAUGUAUUGUAUGUGGAAGGUUCUUGGACAUUGUACAAAUUGCUAGUGACAUCAGUUUAGUCAUUGGUUUAGUAUUUCCUGUAGGAUUUGAUUUUAAUGUUGUAACCAAAAGUUUUUAUAUAUGGUUGCUGGCAUGCAAAGCUAUGUGGCUUGGAGACAUCUAAGUUUGAAUGUUUCUGAACUUCAUUCAAAACAAAAACUUGUAGAUGGACAAAGCUCUAGAACAUAGUAACUGAGGAAGAUCAGUCUUGAAGGAAUAUAGAUGAAAGACUGCAAUGGGAGUUGUGUAUGUUCUAUUUAUACCUCAUUGUUGGCUUCAUUCCAGUCACUUGAAUGCAACUUCUAUUGUUUCAUUACCAUUUGGUAAAUGGUAAUUUAACUCUCCAUUCUUUUUCAUCUGAUUUCAGAAGGGUUAGGUAGUGUUGUCUGAUUUGGUCCAAGACGUUAAUUUUCUGUUUGCAUAUCAUGUUGCAUAAGAAAAGAGUGUUACUGUGUUACUUGUUUUGUUAUGAUUGACAGAUAUCAGAUGAGGUUUUUUUUUAUUCUGAUGAAGAACUUACAUAAUUGUUAGGGGAAUGGAUUUGUGUUUUCUUUUGAAGGGUUAUCAACAGAGUAUUGAAAUAUCUGUGUUCAGGUGUGAAUGUUAAAGUUACAAUAACUGUUAAAUUUUACUUUCAACCUUUUAAUGUAGGUUUGUGGUUUAGAGGGUUGGUGGCAUAAUUAGUGUAUUAUCAUGGCCAGUACAAGAUACAUUAUAUUUAAUUUUUCACUCUAGUGGUAUGAAUGCAUACUGCAACACAAAGUAGUCACAGGAGUGUUUGAAUUUUAAGAAAUUUCUUUUUUCUGGAACUAUUUCCCUGCCAUUGAAUGGAGGUGAAAAUUAAAGGAGAUAUUGAGGUUUGUUUGCGAUAAAAAUGUUAUCGUCUGUGGUGGACUACGGCAAAGAUUUUAUGUAUAUAUAUGUUUCUCAUUUCUUGGAAGAAGAAACGUAACUUAUGGCAUGCAUGAGUUGUGUUGUGAAUGUACAUGUUUGCAUACUUGGGGAUGAGACAUUGUGUUGUGUGCUUGUAGCUUAUUCACCCUCUUGGAUUUCUAUAAUUUGUGUUUAAUAUUUCCAAUGAACACACAUGGUUUAUCAGAGAAUAGAACAAGUCAUUGCUUAUUUCAUACUGAUUCAAGAAGACAGGAAGUAAUUAGUUUUAAAAUAUUUUAGUAUCAUAAGCAUUAUUAACCUUCUUUCCUUGUACCCUUGAAAUUGUAUUAUGCUGUUGGGAAUAAUUUAUUUUGUCUUUAAUUGAAAAGGAACUGACAUUAUGAACAAAUUCAUCAAGGACAUGUGUUUUUAUAAAUGGUCAGCUUUUUAAAUUAAAUUUGCAAUUUUGAAUUUAUGGUCUUAAAACACAUGUAAAUUAAAACUUCAUUGAAACUUCCCUGGAAAUGCUAACAGAUUACUUAACAUCUAGAUAUGAAAUGAGUUUAUGGAUUUUCUAUUCCUCUGCUUGUUUUUGUUAAAAGCCUUUGUGUGACCAUUGGGUAUUAUCAUCAUUUUUAUCAUUAAUAUAUAAACUUUGUACAAAAUAUUAUUAAGACACAGUCUCUAGAAGUGAUGACAUGUAUAUAGAAGUUGUUUUUUAGGUAAAUAUGUAAUUAGCUAUCAGCUGUGUAUGGUUGAUUUAAUUUUGAUUAAUUAGAUCUACUAGAUUUUAUGUAUAUAUACUACAAAGGAAAUGUGAAAAUUUGUGCAGUUAUGAAGAUGUUAAUUUUAACUGAUAUAAUUUUGAAACAAAGCCAUGUGUCCCAUCCUUUUAUCUUUUGCAGGUUGGAAAAAUAUUCCUCCCAGUCUCGAGUUGUGAUCCAUUUUCUCACUCCAGAUUAAUAUUAUUAUUGUUGUUGUUGUUGUUAUUCUUUGUAUGAGUGCGUGUGUGUGUGAGAAUUUAUGCUUGUUUUAUGUGAACUCAUUGAACACUAGUAAAGUAAAACCACAACCAUAUGUUAAUAUAUAUAUAUAAUCUGUGAAUUUUUUCUUCAUUCAAGUGGCAUUGUGGGAAAUUGGUGCAUUUUUACUUUUAACUGAACCUCUGCCAAAUGUCAGAAGUCGGGGCUAUGGAUGCAUGUGCAUUUUCACCGGAGUUUUUUUAAGAUACCAUUAUUAUAUUAUCACAGUUCUAUUAUUGAUCGAUUAUAUUAUAAAUAUAUAUAUAAAAUAAUGUAAGUCUUGUGAAAUAAUUUGUAAAUAAUGUUGUACAUAAUUUCACUGAGAACUAGUUUCUAAACAAAACAAAAUGUAUAUUGUACAGAAAUUCCCAUCUAUUAUAGGCUUCUUUGUAUUUUAGUACAUACAACAAUGGAAACAAAACAUUGUCAUUAUUACUAUUGUAGCUUUGGAGUCAAAUGAAGUCAUUUAAAGAAAAUGUGGAAUCAGUUAUUGUACCUCACUUGUAGCUGUAGUGAUCUGUUAAUAGAAGAAAGAACAAUUAUUAUGUUACUCUUAA